UUAUUGACAACGUAGAUUAUGCUACUCGAGGUCAUUUUUUUCUUCUGAUUGCUAUCCCAACGAAGUUGCUUUGCGCUGUUUCGGACUGGUUGGGAGAUGGCGGCAGUUCUGCUUCAAGUUUUGGAGCGUACAGAGCUUAAUAAACUCCCUAAAGCUGCUCAAAACAAAUUAGAAAAGUUCCUUACUGACCAGAAGAAUGAAAUCGAAUCCCUCAAAACGCAGCACGAGCGGUUCAAAGCGGACUGUGAGCAGCAAUACUUUGACGUUGAGAAGAGAUUGGCAGAGAGUCAGGAGCAGAUUGUGUCUCACACCCGGAAUUACCAGACUCUCAAAGAGGAGAAUACCAAACUCAUCGAAGAGCUGAACAAUCUGAAAGGUGUGGAUGUGGAAUCGUCAGAGGAGAAGGAAUCACAGCAGCCGAGCAAAGCCAAAUAUGAGAUUGAGGCCGAAAGGCGGGAACUGGCUCGUCUGCUUGAAAAGAGAACUCAAGAUGUGGAAAAUCUCACCGAGGAUGUCAAGCGGCUAAAUGACAAGCUGGUGGAGACCAACACAGCCAAAAUAGAUCUACAGCUCAAACUGGAUGAGAUCCAAUCUUCUGAGGUCUCCAUUCAGCACCGUGAGAAACGUAUGGAGCAGGAGAAGGAGCUACUGCAGAAUCAGAACACGUGGCUGAACUCUGAACUGAAGACCAAGACAGAGGAGCUGCUAUCAGUCUCCAGGGAAAAGGGCAAGGAGAUCCUGGAGCUCAAGUGCAGCUUUGAGUGCAAGAAGGACGAGGUCACAAGACUUCAAACCCAAGUCACCAAUCUGAAGAAGAGCAGUGAGAACCUGCAGAAGAGAGUGGAGGACCUGAUGACAAAACUGAAAGAGGCUAAAGACCAUCAUAGCACCAUGGAGGAGAAGUACCGCAAUGAACAGAAUGCCCACAUCAAGCUCUCCAACUUGUACAAGGGGUCAGCAUCAGAUGCAGAGUCCAAGAACGAGGAGUUGAACAGGGCCGUGGAGGAGCUGCACAAGCUGGUGAAGGAGGCUGGUGAUGCGAGACAGAACAUGGAGAAGAAGCUGGCAGACAUGGAGGGGUCAAAGAGCAAACAGGAGGCUGAGCUGAAGGAGAAGUUUAAGAAGAUGGAGCUGGAGAACGCCAACCUGCGUGCCUCAGAUAAGAAAAGAAGCAUGCCAGUGCUCACAGAGGAAGAGUUGGACUCCAUGUGUCCGACCGCAGCUGCUGUGGCCAAGAUUGUCAAGCCUGGAAUGAAGUUCAUGGAGCUGUACAAUGCAUUCGUGGACAUCCAGGACCAGUUGCUCGUUGAGAAGCAGGAGAACCGGCGUGUGACGCGCGUGCUGGACGAGAUCGUGCAGGAGGUGGAGGAGAAGGCGCCCAUCCUAAAGCGCCAGCGGGAGGACUAUGAGAGCAUGCAGAGGUCCAUGAACAGCCUCUGUGCCAAACUGGAACAGGCCAGGACGGAGAUCCACAGCCUGCAGAAAGAGACAGAUGAGGCCAAAAAGCACUGCUCCAACCUGGAGAAGGACAACCAGCACUCUGAGAGAGAGCUGGAGGACAUGUCCCAGCAGGUGCGCGUCCUGCUAGUGGAGCUGGAGGAGGCGCGUGGCAACCCGGUGGUCCGCGAGGAGACGAUGAACCUGAGCAGUAGCUCUGAGAUCAUCAACCCACGCCAGGUUUCCUUCCGCAGUGUGGAGGAGCUGCAGCGGCAAAACCAGAGCAUGCUGGCACGUCUCCGGGAGCUGGGGGAGAAGAUGGAGAGAGAGAAGACCGAGGCCAAUUCUGCACGUGUGACCCAGCUGGAACAGCAGCUAGAGAAGAUCCAGAAGGAGCUGGAGAUUAUAAAGGAGCAGAGAAACCAGCAAAAGCAGCUGGCUGACUCCAACGGCCGCCAGAGAGACAUGUACCGCAUCCUGCUGUCCCAGAGCACCGGCUUCAACCUCCCACCACAAGGUCCUACACAGGAGGCAGCCCCCCAGAUGUACACCCCCAGCCGGCCCUCCUUCCCCCCUCCCACCAGGUCCACCCCCAUGAGGGCUUCAGCCGCUGAGUCUUCCCAGACCACCCAGGCCAAGGCUGCUCUCAAACAGUUGAACGACUCCUUCACCACAUACAAGAAUGAGAAGGCGGUGAACGACAGGAUGCUGAACGAGCAGAACGAGAAGCUACAGGAGCAGCUGUCUGCGUUCCGCUCCCAGAAGGCCAAGCUCUCCACACAGCUGGAGUUCGCCUCCAAGAGAUACGAGAUGCUGCAGGAGAAUGUAAACGGCUACAGGCGGGAGAUCGCUGCUCUGCACGAUAAGAGCCAGAAGAUGGCCGCCACGGCUCAGAAACAUGAGCAGAUCAUCCACACCAUGACCCAGGAUCUCCGGGCAGCCAAUGAGAAGCUGGCCUUGGCAGAGGUGCGUGGUGAGAACAUGAAGAAAGAGAGAGACAUGCUGAAGUCAGCAGAGUCCAGACUGAACCAGGAGAAGGAAGCCAUGAUGGCUGAGCAGCGCAACCAGAACCUCCUGCUCACCAACCUCAAGUCCAUCCAGCUGACGAUGGAGCGUACAGAGACUGAGACCAGGCAGCGUCUGAACAGCCAGAUAGAGAGACUGGAGAGAGAGCUCACCCAGUUUAAGAAGAAAUUGGCUGAGGAGGUGGAGCAGAGGCACAUGCUGGGCCGUAACCAAGACGCUCAACUGCUGGAGGCCAAGAAGCAGCUAGAGGCCCAGUGUGCCCUGCACCAGAAGACCAAGGAGCUGUUGAAGAAUGCUGAGCAGCAGGCUAACCUUCUGAAACAACAGCUCAGCCAUGCUGAAAGCCAGAACCAGGGUUCAGGUCUGGGCCAGGGUCAGAGCUUGGGCCAGACUAACCCCCGGGCACCCAUCAGAGCACCGUUAAGAGCUCCAUCUCAGACCCAGUCCCAGGAGGCCCAGGCCAAGCUCCAGUCAGAACUAGAGGAGGUGCGCGGGCGUCUGCAGCAGGCCGAGAAGCAGAUCAGUGAUCUGCAGGAGCGCCUGCAGAACGCGACCACUAACGUGGAGCAGUACCGCACCGUGGUGCUCAGCCUGGAGGAGUCCCUCAGCAAAGAGAAACAGGCUCGUUCUCCUGUGGAGACUCGUCUAAAGGAGGCCCAGGAGUUCCAGCGUGGGCUGGAGAAGAAGCUGGUGGAGGCUGAGAAGGAGAAACAGGAGCUCCGUGAGGAGAAGAGGAAGGCCAUGGAUAUUGUGGAGAAACAGGUGAAUGAGCUGAAGAGGACCAUGAAAAACUUGCAGUCAGAGCUGCAGGAGGCGGAGGAGAGGAAGGCUGCAGCCAUCACCCAGGAACAGAAGGCCAUGCAGGACAGCCUGCAGCAGGGCAAGCUGGCAGUGGAGGCCCAGAACAAGUACGAGCGGGAGCUGAUGCUGCAUGCGGCUGAUGUGGAGGCGCUACAGGCGGUCAAGAAACAAGGCCUGCAGGGGAACCAAAGCAGGAAGCAGCUGGAGGACAAGGCCAAACAGACCACCACCCAGCUACAGGAGGCUCGCACCAACUGGUACCAGCUGGAGAAGAAACUUAAGGAGGACCUGUCCAAGCAGCAGAAGCGGGCAGACGAGCUGCAGAAGCAGAAUGGCCUGCUGCACCAGCAGAUGGAGAGCCUGGGAGCCAAAAUGGCCGCCACAGUACAGCAGCAGCAACAGGCUAGUAGGGAGAGCAGCCUCAACCUGUCCUUCAGCGAAGAGGGCAAGUCUCAGGAACAGAUCCUGGAGAUCCUCAGGUUUGUGCGUCGUGAGAAGGAGAUUGCAGAGACACAGUUUGAGGUGGCCGAGGUUGAGACACUGCGCUACAAACAACAGGUUGAACACCAGGACCGAGAGCUGAAGGAACUACAAGAGAGCCUCAACGCUGAGAGAGAGAAACUACAGCUGACAGCGAAGACUAUGGCCCAGCACGAUGAGAAAAUGAAGAGGAUGGAGAACCUAAACGUGCUGGUGGAGACCAACAAGAUGCUGAAGGAGGAGAGGGAGCGACUGGAACAAGAGCUGCACCAGACCCAGGCUAAAGUGCGUAAGCUGGAGGCGGACAUCACUCCCCUGCAGGACUCCAACUCUGAGCUGAGUGUGAAGAAUGGCAUGCUGCAGGCUGAGAAGAAACUGUUGGAAGAGGACAGCAAACGCUGGAAGGCCCGCACACAGCAACUGGUGAGCCAGCAGAAGGACACAGACCAGGAGGAGAACAAGAAGCUGCACUCUGAGAGAGAGGCCCACCUCAAACGCAUCCAGCAGCUCUCUGAGGAGACUGGGAGACUGAAGGCUGAGGUGGCCAGGACCCAUGCGUCGGUUAUCACAGCCCAGAGCCAGGCGCAGAACCUGAAGGAGAAUCUGGGCAAGGUGACCGCCGAGAGGGAUGCGAAGCACCUGGACAUCCAGGAGAAGUGCAAGACCAUCACGCAGGUCAAGAAAAUCGGACGACGCUACAAGACGCAGUAUGAGGAGCUCAAAGUGCAGCACGACAAGCUGGUGGCGGAGGCAGCAGCCAAGCCAGCCCAGGAGGAGGUGCUGCAGGCUGUGCAACAGGCCCAGCAGCAGGCUCAACAGGCCCAGCAGGCCUCUGCCCAAGAGAUCCAGAGCCUGAAGGACUCCCUCAGCCAGGCUGAGACCAAGGUCAAAGACCUGGAAGGACAACUGAAAAACGUACAGGAGGCGGUGAAUGAGCGCAACACAGAGAUGGGGCGGCUGAAACAGGAGCUGACCCGGCUCCAGGAACAGUCUACCCAGGCCCAGGGGACACAGAGUGAAGUGACCCGACUGAAACAGGAGCUGGCCCGCCUCCAGGAACAGUCUGCCCAGGGGACCCAGGGUGAAGUGACCCGGCUGAAACAGGAGCUGUCCCGGCUCCAGGAACAGUCUACCCAGGCCCAGGGGACACAGAGUGAAGUGACCCGACUGAAACAGGAGCUGGCCCGGCUCCAGGAACAGUCUACACAGGCCCAGGGGACCCAAGGUGAAGUGACCCGGUUGAAACAGGAACUGACCCGGCUCCAGGAACAGUCUACCCAGGCCCAGGGGACCCAGGGUGAAGUGACCCGGCUGAAACAGGAGCUCACCCGGCUCCAGGAACAGUUUACCCAGGCCCAGGGGAAUCAGGGUGAAGUGACCCGGCUGAAACAGGAGCUGACCCGGCUCCAGGAACAGUCUACCCAGGCCCAGGGUGAAGUGACCCGGCUGAAACAGGAGCUGACCCGGCUCCAGGAACAGUCUGCCCAGGGGACCCAGGGUGAAGUGACCCGGCUGAAACAGGAGCUGCAGGAGAAGACUGCUCAGGAGGAGUCGCUACGGCAACAGAUGGCCGACAAGGAGGAGAAGACCAAGAAGGUCUUCAUGGGCGCCAAGCAGAAGAUCAACCAACUCAACAUUGCGAAGGAGCAUCUGACCAAGGAGGUGGAGGAGCUGAAGCAGCAGCGGGAGGAGCAGGAGGUGCGUCUGAGUGCUCUCAAGUCCCAGUAUGAGGGCCGUCUGCACCGACAGGACCGAGAGAUCAGGGAACUCCGAGACCACCGUGACGAACAACCUCAGAGAGACGAGUCCCAGGACCAGGGGAAAAAUAAGACCCAGGAGCAGCAGCAGAGAGCUCCAGAUCAGAGGCAGAUCAACCAGAGGACUUCCCAAGCUGCAGACAGGGGAAGUGGUUCUUCCGGCUCUUCAGAGCAGCCCCCCACUGCCAACAUCAAACCCACCACGGUGUCGGGCGGUGCCCCCAGUAAACCUUCCCCCAUCCCCGGGAACAAGUCCACCCCCAGGGCCAGCAUCCGACCCAUGGUGCCCAUAACCAUGCCCACCCCCACGGCCACUGUCAUGCCCCAUACACAGUCUGAAAGCCAGGAAGUGCUGCAGUCCUCUGAGAGUGGAACCCCCGUGGAACACGUGUCUGUGUUCGGCAGCACCAGCGGCUCGGUCCGCUCCACCAGCCCUAGCGUCCAGAACAUCACGCACUCUCAGUUUCAGCCAAUCAGCAGCCAGGCCACCGCCUUCGUCCAGCCAACCCAGCAACAGCAGGCCCCGCCCACCGCUGAGCUGGCCAGUCAGGAGAUAGAGGCAGGCCCUAGUGGUCAAGUGGAGAGGCCCUCCACUUCUACGGCCGUAUUUGGCUCUGCUAUUGCUACAGGGGGCUCUGCUGGGCCAAAGCGUGCCCGCGAGGUGGAGCUGGAGGCUCGGGCAGAGAGCGCCGACAUAGCCCUGGAGAACCCAGACGAACCACCCAUCCCCAAGAAGCUCCGUAUCAUCCAGAGAGUGGGACUGGAGGAGGAGAAUGAAGAGGGCACUGAUGGAGAGGCUGAGGGGUCAGGGGAGAACCAGGAGACUCCAGAUGGCAGCCAGGAACUACCAGACGUGUCCUUUCCUGUACUGGGAGAGGUGGAGGAAGAGGAUGACGGGGUGUCCCAGUCUGUCCCCUCAGACCACCAGGUGACCCCCCAACCCUCUGACACCCAGGACUCCAGCGAAGAGCGCCAGCCUGACGUCAUCAUCAUCGACACAGACAGCUCCAGUCGAGAAGAAGAGGAGGAAGAGGCAGAGCAGUAUGAGGAAGAGGUGGAGGAAGAGAAGGAUGAUGAUGAUGACGAGGACCAGGGGAUGGGAAGAGAGGAGAGCAACGAGGGGAGCGGAGACGCCAACGAGCCGUUUGAAGGAGACGAGACGGGCCCUGAGACCUCGGAGCCUGUCUCGGAGAACGAGGAGAGCAUGGGAGCUAUAGACUCCACCUCCCAGAAACAGGCUGACUCACAAAGCGGUGAGGGGAGCAGCAGUACCACCGAAUCCUUCCCCAUGGCCAUGUCCGACCCCAAAGAACUACUACAGCCUACCGCUAGUACUACCAGCACUUUCUCCUUCUCUACCUCCCCCUUCUCCCCCUCCUCCAGCCUGCGCCUGCCCCAGUCUGUCCCCCGCCGACCCCCACACCCCCUGCCCCCACGCCUCUACAUCCAGCCCCCCGGCCCUGAGCUGGGCCUGGGACCUCCACCCACACAGAGGCUGUCUGCGCCAAUCCGCCGGCAGUCUGUAGGCAGAGGACCCCAGCUCACGCCUGGGAUAGGCAACAUGCAACACUUCUUUGAUGACGAUGACCGGAUGGUCCCCAGUACGCCCACUCUGGUGGUGCCCCACCGGACUGAUGGCUUUGCUGAGGCCAUACAUUCUCCACAGGUAGCAGGAGUUCCCAGGUUCAGGUUUGGUCCUCCUGAAGACAUGCCUCAGGCCAGCUCGUCCCACUCUGACCUCGGACAGCUCGCCUCACAAGGAGGUCUGGGGAUGUACGAGAGUCCACUGUUCCUGGCCGCUCACGACGAGGAGUCUGGAGGGAGGAGUGUUCCCACCACACCCCUGCAGGUUGCUGCCCCAGUGACGCUCUUCAAUGAAUCCCACCCCUCUGAUGCCCAGGACAUGGCAUCCCAGUCUGUUCCCAUGGUGACGACAUCCACGAGCCACCACGGGCUGGCAGUCCCCGGCGGAGAGGCCAUCCCAGGAGAUGACGGUGAUGAGGUGUUCAUGGAGGCAGAUAGUGAAGGGAGUGGUGAAGCGUCCAUGGAUAGCCAGGCUGAGAUGGACUCUGCCCAGCCGUCAGACGAUGCCAGUCUGCCCUCCACAAGCCAGGAGCCCACCUCCAGCUCUGCCGACACCAGCAGUAGUGUGCAGCCCAAGCCCUCCGGCCGCCCCUUGGCCCAGCACUCUCUGCCCAUGAGAAUAGCCAACAGGGGCAGGGCGCUCAUCCGCAGAGGAGGUAUGGGCUUCCUUCGAGCAGGAAGAGGCCCCUUCGGUAGAGGAAACCUACCCCGCUAAUGAUGCCAUCAUGCACUGCUCCAUCCCCCGCCCUUCAUCCCAACUAUCAAUCAUAGUGUCUUGGUCUACUUAAAAAAUCCAACUAAUUUGUGAUUGACUUUUCUUCCCUAACUUUGUGUCAGUGGAUGAUACCAUGUGCUUUAAAAGCGUACAUUUUUGUUGUUUUGUAUUUGUUUCGAGAAGAGUGAUUGUUCCAUUGCUUUUGUUUUUGCUAAUAAACUUUGAGAAAAAUAAAA